UGUCGCUGGCGCCCGUCCGAAAGAAGCAGAGUGGGGACCGGGAGGGCUAGCGUUUUCAAGGCAGGAAGUUUAAACAUGAGGACCGUCAGCGAGUAGAAGACAGUAAAGACACCAAGACUCUUGUUUUUGUUUUUGAGUCCAUCAGGAGAGAGCGGCAUCAUGAAGCCGCUCCGGCGCUUCAGCUUCACCCUGUGGACUCUGCUGGCUCUCGGCGCUCUCCUCCCGAACAUUCAGGCUCAGAAUUCUGCCCCUACAAAUACGACGGCUGCCCCUACAAAUCCGACGGCUGCCCCUACAAAUCCGACGGCUGCCCCUACAACCAUGACGGCUGCCCCUACAACCAUGACGGCUGCCCCUACAACCAUGACGGCUGCCCCUACAACCAUGACGGCUGCCCCUACAACCAUGACGGCUGCCCCAACAACCAUGACGGCUGCCCCAACAACCAUGACGGCUGCCCCUACAACCAUGACGGCUGCCCCAACAACCAUGACGGCUGCCCCAACAACCAUGACGGCUGCCCCAACAACCACGAUGGCUGUCCCUACAACCACGACAGCUGAACAAACAACUAGAAUUAAAGCACCUGGAAAUGUGUCAAAUCUCUUCGUGGAAAGUAUCACAACAUCCUCUGUGAAAGUGAUCUGGAAUAAAACAGAAGAUGCACGCUACCGAGUAUACUGGAAAAAUGGAACAAUUACCAGCAAUGAAACAGUAACAGAAAAUUUCAAAAGCAUCACAGGACUAGAUCCUGGGGUUCAGUACAAUAUAACAGUUACUGUUGUUGCAAAUGAUAAUGUCACUGAAGGACUUCCUAACACAAAGACUGUCUACACAAGGCCUGUAAAACCUGUGAAAGUCCAAGUUGAAUCAAGAACAAGUGACAAUAUCACCAUCACGUGGGCUUUGCCUGAAGGAAGGGUUGACCAUUACAGCGUGAACAUCUCAAACUCAAGCAGUAACUACAGCAACUUGACAGUAAAUGCCACCAGAGCAGUGUUCUCUGGUUUACUCCCUGGAAGGAUUUUCAUUUUCACAGUGACUGCUGUCGCUGGAACGUUCACCAGUACCUCUGAUCAGUUUUCAUUUGCAACAUAUCCGUUAUAUGUCAAGUCCUUCAACAUCUACCAAAGGACAAACUCGUCUUUGUACCUGCAGUGGAAUAUUUCAGAAAAGAUGGAAGGUGCUCCUGAUAUCAGCUAUGCUAUCACCUACAAUCAUACAAAUGACAGUGUGUCAAAGAAUUGCUCUACAGAUAAGACGGACAUAGCGUUAGAUGAUCUUCAGCCUGGAACCAGUUACACCAUAAGUAUAACCACUGUUGGACCGGAGCAACUGAGGAGCACUCCAGUCACCAUUUAUGCUUACACUUUGCCCAACGCAGUGACCAAUUUGAAUGUGAACUUUGUGAACACCACAUCCGUCCAGCUCUCCUGGAGCAGACAAGCGGAUUACAAGAAUUCCUACAAGUAUCUGGUGGAAGCAUUUCUGGGCAGUGAGCAAGUUUACCAUACCUCCACGCCCAAUGAGACCGCCUCCUUCAACAGUCUGACUCCUGGAACCCUGUACACAUUUCAGGUGUCAACAGUUUACGAAGGGGUGAAAUCAACAAACGCAAGCAUAAAUAAAUAUACAAUUCCUGCACAGGUCUCAGACCUUUCAGUCAUAGGAACCACCUCCAGCUUGUCAGUGAGCUGGACAAAAGCAGUUGGGCAGGUUUCCUCAUACUUUAUCCGGUUAUACAAUGGCACAAAUUCCUUGAUAAACAACACAAAUCUGACCAAGGAGACUACACAGUUUAGAUUUGAGGAUUUGAAACCAGGAGUGCUUUACCAUGUUGAGGUUGUCACUAAAAGUGGACCUGAGGAGAACAACAUACGUGUUUCCAAUGCAACUUUUCCUAACCCCCCUGGCGCUAUCAUGGUGGACUUUCAGACCAACAAAUCCAUCAAUUUUAGUUGGCCCCUUCCAGCUAACAUGGGUGCUUCCCAGUACUUCACUGUGGUCACUAUAAAUGGCUUCAAUAAUACCCAGAAGAACUGGUUCCUGUUGGAAAACCUUGAGUCAGGAUCCAAGUACACAGUUUCUGUAGUCACUGUUGGUGCGUUGAACUAUACGAGUACAGAACGGAGCACACAAAUCUAUACAAGACCAAAUUCGGUGACGGGUCUGACAAAGACGAAAGUCACCACGAGUUCAGUAACCCUGGAGUGGAAUGAGCCAAGCAGCAAACCACCCUUCAUUUAUGAAGUGCAGCUUGGAAGUGCUGUCUCUAAUGUGUCACAGUUGAAAGUGGUAAACACUACAACAACUACAUUUGAUGGUCUUGAGUCUGGGAGCAAAUACAAUUUUACCGUCACUACAAUUACAGAAGAUCACACUCAAGCAGAGUCUGUGACGGUUUUCUAUUACACAAGUCCUCACAACGUGAAGUCUCUCAAACUUGAUCCUGAUGAGGAACAUAUCAAUCUAACCUGGAAUCGACCUGAUCAGUAUAAGGACACCUAUCGUUUUUUUGUCACCUGGCAAAGCCGCGAGUGGACACAUGCUCGGAACACCACAACUGAGGGAAUUUCAUAUAGCAUCACUGAAUUGACACCUGGUAUUGAGUACAACAUCACCAUCAUCACCAAGACCUCUGAUGGAACAGAAUCUGCCACACAAACGGUGUCCAGCUGCACAAAUGCAAGUCCUGUGAGGAACUUAACAUGUAAUGGACCAAACAAUGGAGAUGCAAAAAUUAUUCUGAGUUGGACCAAACCCAAAGGAAACUACUCUAAUUUCAAGUUUACUGUAACCAACACUUCCACACUUUCUUAUGCGAACGGUGUUGAACACACUAUUUCUAACCUUACUUACCAUUCUAUAUAUGGGAUUGAAGUAGAGACUCAGAGUUGUGGGAAACCUAGCACUCCUCAGUGGAAAACAUGUCAGACAGGUGUUGCAAAGCCCCCGAUUCCAUCAGGCUUUGGGAAGCAGAUGUCUAAAACUCACAAUACAUUCACACUUCGUAUUCAGACUGGCCAGAUAAACAACUCUAAAGGACCAGUGACUCACAUUGGGAUUCUGGUAACAAGCGAUGACAGUGCCAACAUUACUGAUAUCGAAAAUUUCCUGGGGAAAACAUACAGCGAAUGGAGAGCAAAGUCUGCAAUAGCAUAUCUUGCAACAGUCAUGAACUAUAUCCAAACGCUCCAGAGAAGUUCUGUUAACUUGGACUUUGAGAUAGGAAAUGGAUCAAAGUGGGAAGGCUAUGCUAAUGAUGCUCUGGACCCAACUGGAAGUUACAGGUAUGCCGUAGUGGUUUGCACCUAUUUGGUUGUGAAGUCAGGAAAAAUUGACACCGUGAAAUCAGUGUGUUCCAUAUCAGCUUUGUCUGAUGUGAUUAUUCUCGACAAAGACCCAGCUAUCACCUCUACUGCUAUUGGAGCAACGCUGGGAAUUUUUGGAGUUCUUUUUAUCAUCCUUAUUGGUUUCAUCAUCUAUUGGAAAAGGUUAUCCCGUAAGGAGUCUCCUGACAUCCAGAUUGAGUCAGUGGGGGGGAAAGUAAGUGUGGCUGUGAGAGUGGAGGACUUUGAAACUUACUACAGGAAGCAGAAAGCUGACUCCAGCUGUGGCUUCGCUGAAGAAUUUGAGGACCUAAAGCCUGUUGGUACAGCACAAGCAAAACUGCAUGCACUGGCUCUUGAGAACAAGCCUAAAAAUCGCUACAACAACGUGCUUCCUUAUGACUCCUCAAGAGUGAAACUCUCUGUUGUCCAUGGAAGUCCAAAUGAAGAUUACAUCAAUGCUAACUACAUGCCGGGUUACCUUUCCAGGAAGGAGUUCAUCGCUGCUCAGGGACCUUUGCCUGCAACUGUCAACGAGUUCUGGAGGAUGAUCUGGGAGAAGAACGUCCAAACUCUGGUCAUGCUAACACGCUGUAAUGAACAAGGAAGAGUUAAAUGUGAGCAGUACUGGAGUCCUGGCACCAAAUACUAUGAAGAAAUAGUUGUGACAACAACUUCUGAAAUCCAACUUGAAGACUGGACCAUCAGGGAUUUUGACAUAAAAAAUGUGAAAACAACAGAAGUCCGCUCAGUCCGCCACUUCCAUUUUACAGCCUGGCCGGAUCACGGCGUUCCAGAAACCACUGAGCUUCUGAUCAGCUUCAGACAUCUGGUCAGAGAGCACAUGAACCAGUAUUCCAGAAACUCCCCCACAGUGGUUCACUGCAGUGCUGGAGUCGGGCGCACAGGCACCUUCAUAGCCAUUGAUCGCUUGAUCUUCCAGAUCGAAAGGGAAAACAUUGUAGAUGUGUACGGCAUUGUUCAUGAUCUGCGAAUGCACAGGCCCCUUAUGGUGCAGACGGAGGACCAGUAUGUCUUCCUAAACCAGUGUGCCUUGGACAUCAUCCGAGCGAGAACAGGGAACAAUGUGGAUCUAAUCUACCAGAACACAGCUGCCAUCUCAAUUUAUGAAAACGUAGAACCCAAAAGGAGAAAUUAGUCCGCUUUUUUAUUUCUUUAAAUCUCUCCCUCUCUUUUUGGGUGAGAAAUAACUGAGCAAACAAGUUUAAAGGGAAUAUGUUUGUUAGAAAUAUCAACCUAUAAGGGUUUAAUCCUCUUUUUUUAUAUUUAUUUGUUUAAAAAAAUGAGGAAACAGCAUUUUUUUAUGCUUCUGCCUUAAAUUCUCUGCAUUUUCUUUGCACUGCACAAUUAUUAUAAAAAUGCUUUCUACUGUAAAUGACUCACAGAUUUUUAUUUUGCUCAGGUAGUUUUAUUGUAUACUGUUUUGAUAUUUUUAAAUACACUUUUAAAUCGAACUGUACAAAAGAAAGGCUGGUGGCAUGUGCCUUAAAAACAGCAUUCAUGCGUUUCCACCAGUAGAGGGCACACUUAUCUUAUUUGUUCUAGUUGUUAAACAGGGAUAAUGUGAUAUUUUAAAGGAACUUUUAAGUUAUUCUCUCCUUGCCUUACUAACUGUUAGCCAAUAUGAACUGUGCAAUGUGAUUUAAUGAAGGAGUUUAUUUGUUGUGGUCUCUUUUGUAUUUAUAUGCACUGCAAUGUGACGAAUGCACUGGAUGCAUUUAUGCAUUUGUCCCACACUGUCCAUUUCAAACAUUAGAGGGUGUUUCUUUUCAAGUAGUUUAUGUUACAUUCUGGCCAGUGGUUCUUGAAAUGGAAUAUCUACCUUAUUCCUCAUUUCAUCUCAGGAACUUCUUUCAAGAAGAGCAUUUUACUGGCUGUACAUGUGUUCAAAUAUAUAUAAUGCACCAGUUUGUAUUAUUAAUUAAGACAUUAUUUCAAUUGUCUUUUUUGCUUUUUUCUAUGCUGUACAUUCUUUAGAAAAAACAUGUUAUUUCAUUUCCUGAGACAUCUCUUAUCCAGCUAUGCUCACUUCCUCUGUAUUAAAAGUCACUGGAAAAGUAAAAAUGUACAUAUUUUUGUCAAUCUUUCGAACAGCAGGAUUUUCCAUUAGCUUGGUACGUUUCUUUUUUUAUAUAUAGUUUGAUUUAUAGCACUUAUUUUUUAAUGAGAAAUAGGAACACAAAAUAGUAAAUUUUUUAAAGAUGUUUUAAAAUGCUUUAUGAGAUGCUUGCUGGUUCAACGCAACUAUGUAAAAUGAGCAGAAGAUAUGCACUUCUUAAAUAUGUAAAAUUAAAUGGGAUUAAAGAUGCUGCAACAUUGUGGCAACAAUGUACUCUUUA